ACUAGGUGAUAAGACCUAGAUUUGGAAUUUAGUUGUCUGAGUUCAUUUUAAAAUUGGAGUUACUGAAAGUUGAAAUUGAUUUGGAGAUCGCUGGAGCAAUCGGAAAAAGAAAUUCAUUUAGCAGAUAAUUAUAGUGAGAUUGUUAUCAUUAUUUGUAGCUAAAAGAUUUAAUUGCAUCUAUAAAAAGAUUUUUCAUUGUAUUUAAUAAGAUGAGUAAUUAGUUUGGGAUAGACUACUUAGAUUUUGGCAUUUAAGGUUAUUAGUGCAAAUUCUCAUGAGAAGAUGUUGGUUUUUAUAUAUAUUCUUUUUGGAGGCCUUAUAGGAAAAAAGGGUAAUUAAGGGUCUUAGAAUGUGACUAUAAUGCUCUUCUGCGCCGCCUAUGUGGGGAAAAAGGAAAGAAACAAAGAAACAGAAAUGUGACAGGCAGAGAUACUGAAAAGAAAGGGGGGGAAAAAGAAUAGGAAAUUGAACUGGUUAAAGGAAGAAGAACUAGAAAGGAUUGAGAUCCUAUUGAAGGUUCCUACUUGGACUUCAAAUGUGUAUUGAUUUCAGAAGCAGAUAUCCAUUGUUCAUUCAGUGUGAUAUAUGUUAUACGAGUUAAUUGUGUUAUCUCUUGUUUGGGCACUGGACUUGAAUUGGAUCGUAAGACUUCAAGCUUAUAGGAUACAAAUUCCAGUUAUAAACUGAGAGAGUUCUUUUACAUAGCUGCUACUAAUAAGAUUACAAGAACUGUGUUGUUGUCUGACGAAAUACCGACUUCAACUUAGCUCUUUUUGGACCUCAUAGACGAGAGUUCUUUUGGCAAUGGCUAAGAGUUCUUUGCCACCGGGUUUAGGUUUCACCCUACUGAUGUUGAGCUGGUGUUGUAUUACUUAAAAAGGAAGAUCAUGGGAAAGCCACUUGAGCCUGGAAUCAUCUCAGAGAUCGAUUUGUACAAAUAUCCCCCUUGGGAUCUCCCAGGUUGUUGGAAGAUCAGUGGAAAGGAUAAACAUAUUACUCGUCGCCCUUGUAUCAUAGGGCACAAAAAGACCCUCGUCUUCUAUGAAGGCAGAUCUUGUCGUGAAGGAAGAACAGACUGGGUAAUGCACGAAUUUCGGCUUCAGAACGAGGAAUUUGUUAAUGCUGGCUUCUCCCCUGCGAUCAGUCCCUCAGAUGUUGAUCAUCACAGAGAGUCAGUUUUAUGCCCCUCUAAUUUCCGUGGUUGUGAGUAUGCACAGAAUGUAUGGAGGCGUAGAAAAUGAUGUAGCUUCAGAAACUGAUGUUUGGAAGGAUUUACCACCAUUGGAUUCUAACUUCUGAUGCUUCGGAAUUUACUAGAGCAGAAUCGUCGUGGUUGAUGGGUUGCAUUUGUGUUCGCAUGGAGUAAAAAUAAUAAAUCACAUGGAGAUUAGGAGAGAGGAGGGAAACUUCUCCAGCAGUACGUUGAAUAACCUUUUUGUUUUUAAUUGGGAAGAGGCAAUGAACCUAUUUAUAGGGAAAGUUCAAGUUGUUUGUUUUGUUUAAGAAUAUUAUUUAGUAUAUUAUGUUUUUGAUACUUGGUCCUGAGUUUAAUAAGCAUUGAUUUACUCUAUGUAUAUUUGUCAUUUAAUAGAUUUAAGGACUAUAUUUAAACUGAAGAGAUAUUAGGGAGUGUUUACGUUUUACUUGCUUGAAGCUGUAUACUUGCGCUUAAUGCAAAGCUAUGUCCUUUUGA